UUCACCCGCCCUUCUAGCACACGAUCCUGUACUAUGACUAACUUCUCUUCCCUUCUCACCACCAUCUUCCUCUGCAUCAUCAGCUCCGCGACCGGCUCCGGAACCAUCGAGCUGCUCAUCUCAUCCCCACAAACCGUGCUCGUCGAGCCGACGGUGUGCGCGAAUUUCGAAUGCGCGGCACCCGAUGAUCUAUCGUUGGCGCGAAAAGUUCAACGAAGAGUUCCUCUCCGCUUCGGCACCGGACAAUAUCACGGAGAAGCCCGCGAACGCAUUGAUCUUCACCUCAAAAUUAUCGAACCAACGAGUAAUGAAAUUCUCGCCCUCCAACACCACCGUCCUGCCGCCGAUACGGAAUGGAACUCCGACGCUCCGAUCGUCAUCGAGACCUCUCGUGGCUUCAACGUGACGGUUCAACUGCGGAAUUUGUGCAGCUCAAACUACCACGGAAAACGCUGCAAUCGAUAUUGUAUCGCGAAUGCGAAGCUUCACUGGGAGUGCUCAACACACGGAGUCCGCCGAUGCUCCGCCGGAUGGUCUGGUGAAGAUUGUUCAAAUCCGAUCUGCGCCGGCGGUUGCAGCAAUCGUGGCAGAUGUGUGGCACCGAACCAAUGCUCGUGCGCCGACGGAUUCAACGGAACUCGCUGUGAGCAGUGCCUACCACGCGCGGGAUGUGUCAACGGAGACUGUGUUAACGAGACGCCGAACACGUGCAAGUGUAGAGACGGUUUUAUUGGUGAUCGGUGUGAUAUUGACAUCAAAAUCUGCUCUCUCGAAAAACCGUGUGCAAACGGUGGAAUCUGUUCAAUUGACUCGUCAUCGUCGACCGGCUACAAAUGUCAUUGCCCAUUCGAAUUCGUCGGCUCUCAAUGCAAAACACCGCUGAGCAAAGUUCGGUGCUCCGCGGAGCACGUUUGUAAGAAUGGAGGCGCUUGCAUCUCAAUGGACGACACAAAUAUUCAGUGCAAGUGCCGUCGCGGAUUUUCGGGAAAAUUCUGUGAAAUUGGAAAUCACGGGGAUUGCUCGGCGAUGCGGUGCUCCGCCGGAGAGACGUGCCAAAUUAGUGGAGAUUUUGCGAUUUGUGUGGAAAAUGAUGAGCUACUACUGACAACUAAUAAGCCUGCUGAAACGACGAAAAGCGUUGAAAAAUGGAGAGAACCCCGAAAAACGGCGAACGACGAGCAAGCCUCGGAUGAGCUUCAACUUCGGCUGAUCGCCGCAAUUUGUGUGCUCUUUUGUGUGAUCGGUCUCGCCUUGGUCAGCUUUUUCUUCUACAUGCACUCAUUCUCCAAGUGGAAACAUCCAUCGUCACAGCAGGCAGGAGGAAGCACAAUUCUUCCAACAACAACAUCAAUUCCAAUGUCUACAACGUCUUCGGGAACUGGAUCUCCUGUUUAUAAAGUGUGCAUAAUCGAUUCGGAGCACCGCGGAAACGCGCCAGGAAGCUCAUCAGAUUCCGAACCCGAUCACCACUGUCCGCCGCCGCACCGACAUUCUCCACCGCCUGCCUACUCGAGUCUCGUCCUGUACAAAAAAGUUCCGAUGGCAGCAGAUGACGAGUCGUCGUUUCGAGUCUAAACAACAGCUCGACGACGAGAUUUACAAUAAUUUAAUAAUGAUUUUUUUCGCCACCAAAUGCAGAUCUUUUUCAAAAAAAUUUUCCCUGUCCCUGUCCCCCGCCACAUCAUUUUCAGCCCGGUUGUUGCUCUUUUCCCAUCAUUUUCGCUCAAUGUUUUAUCAGAUUGUUUAUUUUUAUUAUUGCUCCCUGUUAACCUCGAUUUUCUCACUAAAAAGGCGUCGGGGGGCUCUUUUUUCCCGGAAUUUUUAAGGAAGAGUAGAGAACAAUAGCCAAAACCGGCCUAAUUUCGUGCUAAAUUUCGAAAAUUUGGUGUGAGGGCCAAAUUUUCGGAAAAAGCACAAAAUUUGGCUCUUUUUCCAAAAAUUUUUCCCAGUUUUUACUCCCUUUUAAAAGCCCAAAUUGGCAAAAUUGAGCCCCCAAAUCUACCCAGAAAUCCCAAUUUUCGCUCUAAAACAUCUCCCCCAGUUUUCAGUCUACGAGGUAUCUUCUGUUUUACACGACUGUUUUUUACGUCUCAUUUUGCCAUCAAUUUCACCACUCCACACUCAAAAAUGUAAAUAUUUCGUCCUUAUUUUUGCACCAUUUCUCUCCCUUUUAAAAUCGCAUUUUUUUUCUUGUAUCAUUUUCUGCAGUAGUUUUUUUUGUUGGGUGUGUGUGCUCAUUCAUUGAUUGAUUUUUCGAUUUUUGUGUUGUUAUUUUUUCAUCUCUACUCUAACAUGAUUGUGAUAGAAAACACGGAAAUCCCAGAUGAAGAACAUAAUUAAAUUUAAA